GAUGCUCGACCAAUCUCUUCCCUCAAUCGUGAUCUAAGUGUCGCCGAGAACGGAAUGCGUUGUUGUGGAUUUCAAUAUCUUCAGUUGAGAAACGUUAAUCUUUGCGCCAUGUGGACUGCACUCGUGGUUCUGUUUCUGAUGGCAUCGUUCGAUGUCAACCAUGCGGUAUCAUUGAACGCAGAGUUUUCCGAUCCAACUGUGUCACGAUUACGGACUGUAGGAGACAUACCAGACAGGCUUCCAAGGAAAUUCAGGGAAAACAGUCGAACUAGGAGAUUGCAUAUAGAAAAUCAACAUGGAUUUGAUGGCAAAGUGGAAAAGAUCCAUAUUAAUUCCGAAGAGGAUCUUCCUGGAAUUCGAGCGUAUGGAGUGCAAAAAAAGAAUUUGGAGAAUAAUGGCUAUAUUGAAAAGAAGACACAGGAAGAAAUUAUAAAAGAUAUUGAGAACACUUCGAGGAUUGCUCGUACGGUCGAAGCCUACGGAAAAGCCAAAGAGCAUCUCGAAAUGAACGGUUAUAUUGAAGUAAGUAAUUCUCAGAAACCUCCAGCCAGCUAUCAAAUUCCAUCGAAUCAAAGACCCAGAAUAACCAGAUCCAUCAAAGCAGAAAUAAAGCAAGACAAUCUCAAGAAUGAUCCAGAAGAUCUAGAAGCUCAAGAUGCCAAAAUUUUUAGGCCAUUGUUCGUGUACAGGCAACAGGUGGCUAGAAGGCAACAUCGAGGAAGAAAUCAUGUUCACAGUUUCCCAGUUAGUCGGAAAUCUUGUUACAACUAACAACCAGCUUACAGAAAUUCUUUCCAUCAAACCGCUUUUUUUUGUCUCAAUCGCUUGGAACAACAUCAAAAUGCGAUAAGUUUUACGAAAGAUAUGCAAACAAGAAAUCGGUAAAAUGUUUGCGUUGCGGAUCCUUGAAGUCGCCUAAUUAUCAUAAUAAUUAACCGAUUGAGUCAGCGUCACUUUGUGCCAUAAAAGAAGAAAGCGGUUGUUGAAGACUGGCGACUGGAAAUGAGUUACUACAAUGAUCGAAAGCGCGAAUGAUGUAAAUGCCGGACAGAGAACGUUACCAAAUAGUAUUACGAUUAUUGAUGAUGGGAUCUAUAAUUUGUUAGUAAUUAGAUAACGAUUAAUUAUUAAUGAUAUACGAUAUUAUUAUUUCAGAUUUUGAUAUUUUGUUACACUACGUGUUGUAAGGAAAAUAAAUUAAAUUUGAAUCUA